AUGCCGUCUCUUUCGUCUCUCUUGUCGUGGCGCACGCUCGCGAUUCUCUUCGCCCUGGUCAAUCUCAAAUCGCUUCCCUUGGCCUGGCACGCACGCCUCUUCUACCGCAUGUUCACCAACUGGUACACGGAAGCGCGGGUCCAGCGCACCAUCAAAUCGCGGUCCGAGUUGUCGGACUCGGUACACCCUCUUUUCGAACCCGUCUCCAUCUUCUCGCGCUCCCCGCUGCUCGAGACGGACUACAAUCUGCAUAAAUCUAACAGCACCUACUUCGUCGACCUGGACGAAAGCCGAACGGCGCUCAUGACGAAGCUCUUGAUCCCGGGCUUAAAAAAGGGGGAUAAGCAUCUCGAGCGCGAAGGCCACAGGGGUGCGCUGAAUGUGAUACUGGGCAGCGUCCAUACGUCCUUCCACAAGGAGAUCAAACCAUACGAGCGCUACGAGGUUCGCUCGAGGAUACUUGCGUGGGACAACAAGUGGAUUGUGGUGGGCAGUUGGUUCAUCCGGCCUGCGUCGCGCAGCGGAAAGCAAGAAGUCCUCCUGGCGUCGGCAUUGAGCAAGUACGUGGUUAAGAAGGGCAGAUUUACUGUGUCUCCGGAACGGUGCUUUACUACAGCUGGAUGGUUGCCGCGCAAGCCCGCAAACAGCAGUGCCAGCGCAGACCAGCAAGACAAGUCCGAACAGAGAGAAGUGUCUUCAUGGUCGUCGUCAUCAGAGGAGUCGGAGCCCAUGGCGGCACCGCCUCAGGAUCCUCUGCCUCCCACCAACAAGGGUGAUUCGACCACCACUACAGGACCGUCCUCCGAACCAUCAGUAAUUUCCACGCCUCAAGAAGGCCCCCUGGCUGCUCCAAUUCCGGAACCAGCGACCUUACGCAGCGCCGAUACCAUCGUCGAAAAGCUCGAGACAGCGGCCGCGAAGACCAGCACAGCCAUCUUGUCCUCGGCACCUCUCGCUCCUCUCACCGCGGCUCGCGACAAAGCAGGCGGCGAGUGGGACUGGCACAGGAUCGAGAUGGAGCGGAUUCGAGGGUUGCAGGUCGCGCAGGACUGGCUGUCGCUGGACAAAGAGCUGAUGCACGAGUUCGCCCGGGGAUAG